UUCUGGAGUGGUAAUUAUUAUUACUCUAACAGAUCGACUAAUGGCCAAGCCUAUUUUUCAAUUUUAGUGUUUUUUGCAUGUGUUUUUUACAAUUAUAUUCCUGCUUUUAGAUACUUUUCAAUCAUGGUUGUCAAAGUAUACAUAAGUGGUAUUUCUGGUAACAAAGAGGUAAAAAAAAAGGCAACAGCGUGUCUUGAUGAUAUUAGAUUCUAAAAACAUAAAAUAUGAGAUCAUUGACAUAACUGAGCCUGGCAGGGAAGAUGAUAAAGACUUCAUGCAAAACAAUGCCAAAUGCAACGGGGGCACUGUUAGCGACCCCAACCCGCGCUCGCCGCUUCCUCCACAACUCUUCAAUGACCUAGAAUACUGUGGGGACUAUGACCAAUUUGAUUUGGCAAAUGAAGUAGACACACUUGAGCAGUUCCUGAAACUGGAGCUUCCUCCUGAAGAGCCACCGCAGACUGAAAAGGAAAAUGCAGUGAAUGGUGAUGUUAGUGGAGGUAAAGUUGGCAAAGAAUCAAAAGAGAACUCCCAAGAAAGGGAAACAGUUGUCUCCAAUGAGACUGGGGAAAAGGAACCUUCACCCACUAAAGAGACAGCACCUAAAGCAGAGUCACCAGUGAGGGAGGCAACACCAACUAAAGAGGAAGCGGUUGAAGACAACACAGAACAAAAUGAAGAAAAUAAUGAAGCAAAAGCAGAGUCACCCGCUAAAGAAACUACCCCAGAAAAAGAAAAAUCACCACAGAGACAAAAGUCCAUUGACAAAGAACCAUCUCCAGUAAGAGAAGAUGAAGAAAAAGCACAAAAUUCUCAUGAAACUGAUGAGACGGUGAAUGGUGCGGUGAGGUCUCGCGAACAAUCCGAAGAUAUAGAAGUGGAUGAGGAGCAAACAGGUAAAAGUGAAAGAAAAGUGGACGACCCGUCCAUAGCUCUGAUCCAGAGCGAGGCCGCCGCCGCCGCCGAGUAACAGACCUGCAACAUUUAUUUGCUUUUCAGCUCAAAUCAGUAUCCUCUAGCACUAAGCGAGCACUCAUUAAACUCAUUUUGUUAUUUAUAUUGCAUCAUUCACUUCUUUGCAAUAAUUAGUCAUUGUAUAUAAUACAAAGAAGUAUUUGUUGAGAAUUAAUGUUAUGUGGCGAUGUACAUUUACGUCUGUCUAUGAAGUGGCCUAUUAUCAAAUUAACAUUAGUCUAUUAAUGAAAUUUUAAUGAAGUUCGAGAUUAAGAAUUCUAUUUAAUAAUUUUAACUGUCAUUAAACGCUUUGUAUUAUUUAAAAUAUUAAUACUUGAUUUUAUAUUUUGCGAAAUUUUUUAUGUUGAAAGCGAGAUGAAUUUUGAUGUAUAAGUAUACAAGUAUUUUACUUUUGUAAGUUGGUUGCUUCUAAGAGUGCUCUACUGUAUCAUUGAAGACUAUUUUUAAUGACCAUGACAUUUUUUUAGGUCAAUUAUAGUUGUAACUAAUUGAUCUGAGGUGCUGUCACUAUGUCACUAUGUCACUACUGGCAACAUUAGCUCAAACUCGGUAAAAAUGAGCAUUCUUAUCAGUAAACUACGCUGCUUAUUGUUUUGUAUCAAUUGAUCUUUUUUUAUCAUUUAUUAAUAUUACUAUUAAAGACAGAAUUUUUAACUAAUUUUUUCAUAUGAAUUAUAUAAAAUGCCAUAUAAUUUUAGUUCUUUUAUUUCUCGACACCAUCGCUUAAAGGAUACAAGUGUAGCCUAGUCGCUAAACAUUUCUUAACGGCAAUAUUUAGGUCAUCA